UCUGGACAAAAAACUUGAAACAAUUACACAAGACAUGCUUUCAAGAACAAAGACACAUGUUAAAAACGAGACAAAACACAUAGAAGACGAAGUGACAAAAUUACGAGACAAUGUUGUGCCGUGUUUGGCGAUUGAUGCAAACGUAUUGUCAGGGAACGACAAAACAGCUAAAACCAUGGCUAAUGACACAGACAGAACACCUAUUGUGGAAUCACCUAUUUCAAAUCAAAAUUACAAUGUGCCUCUUUCUUUUCCACCACAUGAGCAAUAUUACAGUACAACACCUAGAGUACCAAAUGACAUAAACCACAUCAAUACAGUUAUGCCAACCGGCAUGGCCAAUGACAUGUUUGUAAGGCAUUGGUAUUUCCAGACAUUUUCCAGUGAGGACAAGCACAAAGUCCAUCCUACUGUGUUUAUCAGAUCAUUUGAUGGUGUUUUUCCACGUAGUUGGUCAGAAGUCGAUAAAAUCAGACACGGCACCAAUCUCAUGAGAGGACGAGCAGCUAAGUGGGGUGCCGCUAUGAAACGGCGAUGCCUUACGUUUGAACAGUUCAAACAAGCCUUCUUGGACGAAUUCUGGUCCGAGAAUGAGCAACAAAGUCUAAGGAGAGAAGGGUGCAAUCCCGAGACCUAUGACCCUAAAAAAGAGACAUUAAGACAAUACUUUGAGAGGUACCUAGACAAGACACUGUACUGGUCCAAACCAGCCGACUUGCCAGCGAUAAUUGACACUUUAAAGAGCCACUUACACUUUCCAUACCGAGGCAAAUUAAUAGGAGUAGCGGACAAUGACGUUAAGACUUUCUUAAACUUCUUAGAUCAAAUGGACGUAGUUUACAGAGGCGAUUCACGCCACUCAGAUUUGGCGCAUAUUAGAAACCAAAAUCAGCACCCACCCCAAAGGAACCAUAGUGACGGUGGUUGGUGGAACCAUCCGUCCGCGCCGCGACACAAUACGAUGCCUGCGCGCGAAACAUAUUCAAAUGGAAACGUGUAUGACGGUAGGAACAACCGCAGAAAUUCGUGGAAUAAUAACAACAACAAUAAUUAUCACCCAUAUCAAAAUGGUAACUACAAGCAAAAUGAAAACUACAGACAGUACAACAACUGCAAUAGAAGACGUGAGACUAACCGGUACAACCCGGGCUACUUUGACACGAACAUGCCAUGUAACAGACAUAAUUACCACCAAAACAAUAACACACAAAAUUCACACAUGACAAAUCAUAAGCCUUCACGAAAUUCGCCGCCAUUUCCCCAGUGCACUCAUGCACUCCCUGCCACGAAGUAGCAAUAACAAUUGCGGUGCGCCAUCAGCUGACGCGUGAGCGCCAACCGGCCGGAAUGUAAACAUUGUGGAGCUGGUCAAUGAACCCGGUAGUGAUGGGUUAAACUACGAUUUUCCUAUAUCAGUUAUUUCCGUGAAUGCUACUUUUCAGUAUCUGCUAUUCUUAACUGUGAUUUGUCGCAGUUAAGGAACGUAGGUCGCGUAUCCCUCCGCCACUGCUAUUUCUGCUACUUCCGCGACUGUGACUUCUGCGACUUACCACCGUAUGAAAAAGUUACAUCUGCCCACACAGAAAAUUGCAUCUCAACAAACCUGUCGUUGGUACCCGAACUACAUAUCUGUCACUCACUAAAUUGAUAACUCCACAGAUCUAGAGAAAUUACCACUGCAUCUUUAGACCGUUUUCGUCAGCCGAGAGACACAGUUCUGACACUUGAUUACUGGUUGCUGUACGUAUCUAUCCACAUCAAGGCUGUUGAAAGAGACUCGUGAAGAUUCAAGACAGCUCUUAGAGGAUUUGCAGUUUAAAAGUGACAUAAUUGUGAAAUAAGUGUGCAGAUGAUUGAUUAAACUGUGUUUUAUUGAAGGUGUUAUGCGAUUUUAAAGGAAUAAUAAAUGUUAAAUACAGUG